AUGUCCUGCCCAGACUCACCGCCAGGCCCACCUGACACUCUUUGGGGGCAGACUCUUGACAAAAGGAUGAAGUGUCCAGCGCUGUGGAUUGCAAACCAGGACAGGUCCUACCUGUUUUCUCCUGAAAAAGGAACUUGGGACCAGUGUAAAUCUUCUUGCAUUUCUGAAUAUGCCAAACUGCUCAAGAUAAAGAGAGAAGAAGAGCUGGAUUUCAUAACUGCAACAUUUUUCCAAUACACUGAAAAUCGUGGAAGUGGUGUAUACUACUACCCAUUCUGGACUGGAUUGUCAUACAACUCCAGAACAGGGAUGUGGGUCUGGGCGGACAAUUCAGCUCUCUCCUCUAGCCUGUUUGUGCUCUCAGACCCCAGUCCUCAGAAUUAUCCGGGUGGAGCUUGUGCAUAUUUGCAAGGUGAUAAAGUGAAACCUGGAGACUGUGGAGAACUUCGAUUCUGCCUUUGUGAGAAGAAGAAGGAAGCACAAGGAAAAAAAAAAGUUGAUUGA